AUGCACGAACCGACCCUCUCUCCGAUUUUCGACGGAAAGUGCCUUGCUAACGCAAAAACAAACCACAGUCACCUUCUACCCAAGAAGUCAUGGCACGUCUACAACAAGGCCAACGUCGAGCGCGUGCGCCGCGACGAGGCCCUCGCCAAGGCGGCCGAGGAGGCCGAGGAGCAGCGCAUGCAGGAAGUCGACGCCGCGCGACGGCUGGCGAUUCUGCGCGGCGAGGCGCCGCCUCCGAUCGAGGAGGAGCGACGGUGCUCUUCGCCCGACGACCCCGAGGCGACGACGACGACGAGUGGCGGGAUGCCGCGCGGCGCGGGCGACGGGCGGCGACCGCGCAAACGACACGGCGAGGACGACACCGACUUUGAGAUGCGCGUGGCCAAGGAGCGCGAGGCCGUCGCCAGAGAGGCGAGGCGCGCGACGAGCUUGUCGUCGUCCUCGGCGCCGAUCGUCGACGGCCGCGGCCACAUUGACCUGUUUGGCGCGCGCGGGGAGAAGAAUGAGGAGGCUGAGCGUGACAAGGCUAGGCAGCGGCGCGAGUACGAGGACCAGUACACGAUGCGCUUCUCCAACGCCGCGGGCGGCGGCGGUCGCUCGUCGGGAGCCCCGUGGUACUCGUCGUCGGCAGCGGCGGCAGCCGAUGAGGGCAAGGAGCUGGUGAGGAAGAACGUGUGGGGACGAGAGGACCCGCGAAGGCAGGAGCGCGACGAGAAGCGGCGGGACGCAAGCGACCCGCUGGCAGCAAUGAGGAGGGGUGCGGCGCAGGUCCCGGUCCCCGGUGUCGGGUGA